AUGGACAACCGAUUUAAUACACUUGAAACGGCAAUAGCCAAGAUCACCGAUCUAUUGAAUAAUAACAGUAGCAACAACAACUUUUCAGAGAACAUCUUUUCAGAGAGAAAUACAUCCAACCACCACAAAUCUUCACUUCAUGCCAAUGUUUUCGACGAGUUAAAAUCCACAUCGAAGCACAUUGAUCUUCCGUGUUUUGAUGGAACCGAUCCUAUUGGAUGGAUUGCGCGUGCUGAGCAAUUUUUUCUUGUACACCACACGAAGGAAAACUUCAAAGUUGCCUCCGCAUUCAUCUGCAUGGAAGGAGCAGCACUCCAUUGGCUUCGAUGGCUCCAGCAACAAUCUCCAAUGAUUAGCUGGGAUCAAUUUAAGGAAGAACUCGUUGACCAAUUCGGCGGGGACUUAGCAGCAAGUCCCAGCGAACGCUUGGCUGCCUUACACCAAACAGGAUCUCUGGAUGAUUACGCCAAUGAAUUUCGAGCGAGAGCAGCCCAAGUCCCAGGCCUGGAUUCACAACUUCAGCUAGGGUUUUUCUUAAAUGGACUCAAGGAAGAAAUAAGGGUCCGAUUGCGCCCAUAUGAUGUGCUCGAUCUACGAACGGCCAUGAAAGUUGCUCGGUCUGUUGAACGAGAAUUGGAUUUCUUAAAUUCCAAUUCUGGAAGAUAUACUACUGGGUAUGGUUUAGGCUUCCAACCGAGGCCCAUUAAUCCUUCUCGUUUUGAACCACCAAAACUAAACAGCACCUUAACAACCGGCCAAAAUAAGAAUUCUGCAGCCCAAUACAAGCCCAAUGAUCACUUCAAACUACUUCCAGGCGGCACAGGUUCCUCCUCUUCACAACUACCGCGACGCAACACAACACAGAAAAGUAGAGUGGCACGCCAAUACUCCCAUCAAGAAUAUUUGGACAUGCGUGCGAAGGGGUUGUGUUUUCGCUGCAAACAACCUUACAGCCCGAUGCAUGAUUGCCCUCAAAAAUCAUUAUGCGCUCUCAUCGCAGCAGAAGACGAGAUCACUGAUAUCAUCUCCGACUUCGGACUAGAAGAAUCCCAACAACAUCAAGCAGAAACCAGUGAAGCUCAGCUCCAUUUUCUAGAUCUACCUUUGACGGCGAUAGGUGGAAUAGAUGGACCACGGACAAUGAAAUUUUCAGGUCAUGUGUACGGUGAACCAGUGACUAUUAUGGUAGAUAGUGGGGCAAGCCACAACUUCAUCUCAACCAAACUUGCUCAGAAAAUUCCCCAACCAGUAGAGCAGACAGUCCGCUUUGGGGUUCGCUUAGGAGAUGGCAGUCGAGCAACUUCAACAGGGAAGUAUAGCAAUUUACCAAUUCAACUUCAAUCAAUCACGAUGUCAUUAGAUUGCUAUAUAUUUCCUCUUGGAGGUAUUGACAUCAUUCUCGGCGUGGCAUGGCUCCAAACAUUAGGCGAUAUCAAAGCGAACUGGACAAAAAUGAGUAUUGAAUUUUUGCGGGAUAAUGAAGAGAUUUGUCUAUUAGGGGACCCAUCAUUGUCACGUGCCCCUAUCUCUUUGAGCUCAUUUCAACAUAUGGACGAUGACAUCGAUUACUGCCUCUUGCUCUGGCAGAUUACAUCAUCAACAGAAACGCGUUUCUCAAAAGAGACUUCGGCCCUCAAUUCCUCAAGCGCUCAGGAUUUGGCAGCCAUUUCUGUUCCCACAUGGAUUGACUGGGAAAAACUUGAUUCAGCCGUCCUCGAGGAUGUGGAGUUACGGGCAAUCAUCGAGCAACUUCGACUGAAUCCAAAUAGCCAGCCACCAUAUCAGCUCGUUCAUGGAAGAUUAUUUUACAAAGGUCGAAUUGUCAUUCCUGCUACUUCACCAUGGGUGCAACAACUCUUGGACGAGUUUCAUUCCACCCCAACAGGAGGCCACUCAGGUGCGUACCGUACAUAUCGCCGAUUGGCAGCUAGCGUUUAUUGGCGAGGCAUGAUGAAACAGGUACAAAAAUAUGUUGCUGACUGCCUAAUUUGCCAAAGGAAUAAGUAUGAAACGUUAUCACCAGCUGGAUUGCUCAAUCCGCUCCCUAUUCCUAAUAACAUCUGGGAAGAUAUAUCGAUGGACGUCAUCACAGGCCGAACUCCAUUUGAAUAUGUGUAUGGCAGGCCACCAUCCACUUUGCAUCAGUUUAUGCCGGGGGAAUUCAAGGUUGCAGCCGUUGCGGAGGAGCAUAAUGAUAGGGCAGAAUUGAUCAAGCAGCUGCACUUUAACCUCACUAAAGCGCAACAACGGAUGAUUAACACUGCCAAUCGCAAGAGACGACCCUUAGAAUUUGAUGAGGGAGAUCAAGUUCUUUUGAAACUUCGGCCCCAGCCAGACCUCUAUGGCAAAUCGAGUCAAUCAGAAGCUGGCUGCAAGGUAUUAUGGCCCAUAUCGCAUUCUUCGAAAGUUGAGCCCCGUGGUUUACAAGUUAGAAUUACCUGA